AUGGCGUCGGCCGGCCAUGGAGAGGAUGCGGGUGCCGAGGCGGGACGGGGCGGCGAGCGCUGCUGUUCCCUUGUUGCCUCGGACCCGGAUACUGACUAUAGCUGGGACUGGCUCGACUCUGAAUCUGACGGGCUGCUGGUCGCAGCUUCAUCAAGCCGUGAAGCGCGCAACGAAGCCGGCGCAACUCUCUCCGUCGAUGCGGACCGGGCGAAUCCAUCCGCAGAUGAGACGACCGGCAAUGAUGGCCAUGUCCAAGUUUACCCACGCGCGGACCAAGGCAGCUCCUCCGCUCAGGGGGACCAAGGCUUCCAUGACGCCGAGCCCAAGCUGUGCCAGGAGCAGCAAGACCUGGUUGAUGUCAUUGCCAGCGGCCGCAACGUCUUCUUCACGGGCUCGGCGGGAUGUGGCAAGUCCACCGUUCUGAAGGCCGCCAUUACGAGGCUCAAGGCCAUGGGCCUCGUCGUCCACGUCGUGGCGCCAACUGGCAGAGCGGCCCUCCAGGUCAACGGAGUGUCGACGUGGUCCUACAUGGGGUGGACGCCCGAUCACCACAAGCUCCCGAUGCACAGGCUCAAGUCGGCGGCGUUCCGCCGGCAUGUCCGGCAUCGUCUCAAGAGCACCGAUGUGCUCAUCAUCGACGAGAUAAGCAUGGUCGAGAACCAUCACCUUGAGCGUAUCAAUAUCUGCAUGAAGGAGGUCAGGCGAUGGAGGGACGAAGCUCCGCCUGCAUUUGGCGGCGCACAGGUCGUUGUCUCUGGGGACUUUUGUCAGCUACCUCCGGUGAAGCCCUUCCAGCAUUGCAUCGUCUGCGGCCACGAGAUGGAGGCCGACGUGUCUGAAACCUGGUUCGACUGUCCGAGCAACCACGGGCCAUUCUACCAACACGAGAAAUGGGCCUUUAUGAGCGAGGCGUGGGAGGAAUGUGGGUUUGCACAUGUUGAGCUGAAACAGAUUCAUCGCCAGAACGAUGCGAGCUUUAUCAGCAUGUUGCAAAAGUGCCGACGCGGGAUUCCGCUCUCGUGGGACGAGAUGCAAACCUUAGUACAUCAUCCGUGCAAUGUCACCAACGCCACGCGGCUCUUCUCGACGAGGGCUGAAGUGACAAAGGUCAACGCGGACAACUUUAAUAAGCUGCAGACUCCCAUAGUCACGUAUGAGACCCUCGACGGCUUCGUCUGGCACCACGAGCUGCACCCUCACUUGGAGCAUUACAAUGAGCGCUUCACGGAUGGGUCCCUCGUGGCUCUCAAGGACCACCGCCUGGAACGACGAGUGCAACUCCGGGUGGGCAUGCUCGUGGUGCUGCAAGUCAAUCUCGACCUCCGGGCGAGACUGUGCAACGGCAGCCAAGGCAUCAUCUGCGGAUUCGAGCCCCAUGAUGUUGCCAAGCUCCCCAGGGCCAAGUCGACCAAGGUCUCGCCUCACACGGGGCCAACCGCAUCGUCCGGGCCUCCUGCAGGACGCCCCAUCAUCUACGGAGACUAUGCCACUCUCAAGGAGCGACAAGUUCAGCGCUUCAUGGACGGGCAAGAGCACAAAGUCUGGCCUCGGGUGCUCUUUCACAACGGUGACAAGCGCACGAUUCACGCGGAUUGCAUCGUCAACUCGGUCGGCAACGAUGAGCCCUACUCGCUCUUGCAUCGCACGCAGAUUCCCCUUGUGGCCGCCUGGGCCAUGACCAUCCACAAGAGCCAGGGGAUGACGCUGGACCGCGUCAUUGUCAACUUGACGAGGGCUUUCGAAGAGGGUCAGGUGUACGUCGCCUUGUCCAGGGCCACAGGGCUGCAUGGGCUCAAAAUCGAGGGCAGCCCCGACGGUCUGUCGGUUGGGCGUGGAGGCAACGCCGAGCUAGUUGCGUUGUGCGACUCCUUCCUAGACGAUGUUGACCAUCGCAUCCGGCUUCUAGAUAGGGCCGAGAUGCCAGGUCUCGCAAUGCACUUUGGCGUAUCAGAUAGUAUACUCGUAACUGCCCACCAUACAUGCCCAGGGAAUCGACAAGAUGGCGUCAGCUCCAGCAGCCAGCUCGGAGCUGGCAUUGCUGGAUGA